GUUGUGACCGAGAUAUCAGAGCUGACUGAGUGUCAGCUUGAUAGCACUUGAUAAGCUUUUCACAAUGAUGAGUGCGGGAUGAACAGUUGGCUGCGAGAAUCACCACUGCGCGUGUCGCUCGGUCGACGUCGUGUGCCUUCGCCUCUGCACGAUGUCGACCCUGCUGCUGCCUUCCAGUCAUUUAUUAAACAUUGGCAGCAAACACGUGAAAUUAUUAAUAGAACUCAAUUGAGGGGUCAGGUGUUUGCUGAUGAUGUGACGGCUGUAAUCAAUCACCUGGCUCAGAUGGUCACAUUGCUGUUAGUGGACUUGAAGCAGAUCAUGGCUCAUGGUGCACGCACUCACAAUGGCAUAGCACAGAGAAGUAGAGGGGGCAAUAGCAGUGAAUUGAAUACCACAGGAAAUCCCUUAGAAGGCAUUCAAGAAUUCAGCAACAGUCAUCACUCAUCUUUACCUGCAGAAAAUCCACCUCACACUCCCAUCUUUGAUCAUUUCCUUGGGGAAGAAAUUCUUGACACUAUUCUGACAUGGAGCCUCAGCACUGGAGAAUUUGUAAAUGCCAUGAAGUUGGAACAACUAAAGGUCCAUGAGCAACUGCUGAGUCAUGCACGACAAGAAAUCCUGGUGUACAAGCCCAUCAUCCGUCCUCUGCUACGACUCCUGGCAGCUUGUGGUGGUUGUGUUCCUGUAGAUGUUGAGAAACGUCUUGUUGUACUUCUCAAUCAACUCUGUGUAUCACUCAUGCAUAACCAUCAUUUACUAGAUUUUUUCUUCCAGUUCUCCAGUGAUCAAGGCCCUACUAAAUUCGUGAUAUUCUCCCUCUUGCUGCCAUUUGUUCAUCGUGAGGGUGGCAUAGGGCAGCAGGCCAGGGAUGCUCUGCUUCUCUGUAUGGCCCUUUCAUCAUCACACACAUCUGUUGGCCAGUACAUUGCUCAGCACUCAAACUUUUGUCCUGUAUUAGCAGCGGGUCUUAGCGGCUUGUACUCCAUGCUGCCACGCUCAUUGGCUGUAGAGUCUGAUGGCUGGCACCGCCUCAGUAUGGAAGACAUCGUAGAUAUUCCUCAACUCCAGUUGUUCUUGAAUUCUCUGGAAUUCUGCAAUGCAGUUGUUCAGGUUGCCCAUCCUCUUGUAAGAAAGCAGUUGGUGGAGUUCUUGUAUCAAGGAUUCCUUGUUCCUGUCUUGGGUCCAGCACUGCAUCAGGGUGAUGCAGUCAAUGGGGAUGUUCAAGCACACAACACUACUGUUUUUCUGCAGUCAGUGGUUGGGGAGGUUGUUGCAGCCACAACAUAUGUGGAGCUGUGCUUGCGUACAGUGACAGAACCAGAGCUGCGUAGAGUAUUUUUGGCGUUCCUCCUCACCUCUCCAAAUAAUCCUGCAGUGGAGCCUCCUAUUAUCACUAUUCUUAUAUCAAGACUCCACACUCCUAAUACUCAACUUUGUCUAGUUACAUUAAGUCUCUUUUGGACAUUGGUUGAACUGAAUUGUGAAGACCUGAUGGUGGCACUUGUUUUCCAAUACCUCACUCCAUGCACACAUGUGAUGCUCUCCCAGCGUUCCCGUCUCACACAGCCUCCUAAUCCUGCAGCCAAGUCUUCUCAUAAGCUUGUGCAUCUCAUACCAGAGGUGUGUCAGGUAGAAAGCUGUCAAAUGGAGUCGGAAACUUUAGAAGCAUCGAAUGCCCAACAGUCAUCAUCUAUACCCCAGUCUUCACCAGUCAUAAUAGCUGUACCACGCCAUCAACGAUCUUUAUCCAAUGCUUCUACUUGCUCUUCAGAGAGUGAUUCAAUAUUUCUAGACCAACCAACAACAUAUUCACAGUACCUCAAAGAAGCUCAAAUGAGAAUAGCAGGGAGUAUUGCUGCAUGUGCCCACUGGACAUGGAGAUAUGAUGGCCUUCACCCCUCACCUUCUCAAGCUGUAGAAAUGUUAAACACUGCUCGGGUCAACCCACCAAUGCUAUAUGCCAAGCUACGAGCUCACUCUGAUCCCACACCUAUUAAGUCUACAGACUUAACACAAGCAGACUCUAAAAUUCGCAGCUCCAGUUUCCCAUCUGAUGACAGAACUAGUAAAAGUGAAGUAAAACCAGUGCUCAAUGGUAUAUGUGAUUGUGAAAAUAACAUAAGCAGAUCAGCUCAACCUGGAGCUCUGGGAGGUAGAGGAGUAACUGGCCAAAAUGGGGAUGAAGAUAAUCUUGAUUCACUUGGAGAGAGCAGUGGUUAUGAGAGUUUUAAUAUUAGAGCAUCGAGGGAUUCUUCUCCAGUUGAUAGUUCUCAUGGAUCACCUAGAAACCAGUUAAUUCACCAAGGGCCAAUACAAAGUUACUCAAGAGAGAGACAAGGUUCUGGAAUGGUAAGUGAAGAAGACCAGGAGUUUAUUGAUUCUUUGCAAAGGUCAUCAACUCCAACAGAACUCACUGGACUUGAGGAAACUAUUAGUGAAAUUGACCAAGCAUUUACUGCUUUCAAGAUAUAUGAUGUUAGUCCCUCGAAGUCUUACAAUAAGGUGUAUCAGCUGGAGAUUAUGGGUGAAGAAGGAGACUGGGACAGUCCACCCUGGCUUGGUCAUGACUCUUCUCCGGAAGUGGUUGAGAAGGCUUCUGCACCAGAGUCACAGUCAAGACCAACAAUUGGACCAUUCUUGGAGGCCUUGAUGUUACGUAUUGAUCAGAUGUUGUCAUCUAGUAUUCACGUCAACCUGCUGGUGACCACAAUCUUGAGCCACCUCGCCUCUUACCCCACACCUCUACUAUCUUCGCUGCUACUCGACACAUCCAUUGUCUUCCAACCGUCUGUUCGAUCACUAGUACAGGUGGUAAGUGGUCUGAAGCAGCGAAUUGAUGGAGUUCUUACAACUGAAGAUGUCACUCAUUUAUCCGAAGCCAGGUCGUGGUUUGUUAUGAGACUGAUUGUUCCACGCUACUCUCCCUCCACUCCACGCACACGUUCAGUGUCGUCAUCUUCAACGGAAACCCCUCUUAUUAGAGGAGAAGGAAAGCGACGCAGUAUCUCACAGACAAUGUCCGCCUUGUUUCGCCGUAACACUAAUAUUGAGCGGCCGGCAAUAAAAGAGAAUCCCCUUGAGGAUCUUCCUGACAAAUCUGGCUACAGGUAUGUAAAACGAGCAUCAGUUGCAAGUGUUGGCCCAAAUGCAAGUUCGGGCUCUGUGGCUGAGAAACGACACGCAGCAAGAUGUGCAGUACUUCUGCAAGAUUGGUUGCUAGAGUUAUCUGCUCUUGCACAAGAACAAAUGGUGGCAGUGCCAAGUUUAACAUUCAGAAUUCCCUCUAGUUGACAAUGACCCAUGUUUGUGUUUGAUGCGUGGAUGUCAAGCUCUGAGUGCCACACAAAUGUACAUGCAUAUAUUGUGCAUUUUGUCAGAUAUUAUAAUAUCUCCAAAGUUGACACAAGUUUAGUGCUCAUUAUGUAAGUGCUGUCAUAUUACUACCAGUUGGCAUUUAAAAUUUAUAAAUUAUAGUUAACUAAAGGGUUAAUAUAACAGUUUCCAAAGACAGUAGUUUUAUUGGUUUAUUAAUAACUCACUUCUUUGAGUGUGUAUAUAAUUAUAUAAAUAUUAUAUAUAAAUAAAUAUAUUUUUUGGUGAUUAAUAGCCUUGUGUCCUUUUUCAUAUCACUUGAAUACAGCAAUAUAAUACACUGUAAUUUUAAAUGUAUUUAUAUGAGUGUUAAAUAAUAGUACUAACACUAAAGAAGAGACACAAGUCAAUAUAAAACAGUAGAGAGUGCAACAAUGUUUUCUGAUUAUCAAUGCAUUACUCAUUAAGAGCAAUAAGGUUGUUAUAUAGCACUGUUAAGUUUUGAUUCUCUGCAGUGCAAUGAAUUCUUGGCCAGGAAGUCUGUGAAUUAUUAUUCUCAUGUAAAUGUUUCAUUUCA